UGGAAGGAGAAGGGAUCUAUUAUCCGAAAAGAAUCUUAGGAGAUUGUAUUCCGAAUCCUCUUCUUUCUUCUUUCCUCCCUUUGUCGUCGCGCGUAUCUGACUAUCUGACUCUGAUAUCGCUCUCGUAAUCCGUUAUAAAAUAUGACAUACGACACAAGUCGCAUGUAAAUAUGUAGCAGAGCAAUGUAAGGUUAAAUGAGCAUGAAGCAAGUACAGGAGUACGUAUUCAGCCUGUGAAAACAUCAUCGCGGGAUACGACGUCGGCUUUCAUAUUAUUUAUAGAACAAUAAUUCAUUUAGAAAUUAGAAUACAAAUAGGAGGAGCAUAAUAACAAGAGGCAAAAUGAUUUCUACCAAAAUUAGCACAUCUUUGUUCAACACAUGUUCCAAACAAAAGCAAUUACAAUUAUUGAGAAGACUAAUUACAAAUGAUAGUGAAAAGAAAUUUGAUGUGAUCGUAGUUGGUGGCGGUCAUGCUGGAACUGAAGCAUCUGCUGCUGCUGUUAGAAUGGGUGCAAAGACAUUGUUAGUUACUCAGAAAAAAAGUACUAUAGGGGUAAUGUCGUGCAAUCCAUCAUUUGGUGGAAUCGGAAAAGGCCAUUUGAUGAGAGAAGUGGAUGCUUUAGAUGGGAUAUGUUGUCGAAUAUGUGAUAUUUCAGGGAUUCACUACAAAGUUCUAAACAAAUGCAAAGGACCGGCAGUAUGGGGUCUCAGGGCUCAAAUCGACAGAACAUUAUACAAGAAACAUCUUCAGGCAGAACUUUUCAAUAUGCCUGGUUUACAUAUUUAUGAAUCUUCUGUAGAAGAUUUGAUUUUAGCAAAUAAUCCUCUGUCUUGCUGUGGAGUAAUUCUCAGAGAUGGAACAAAAAUAUUUGGUGAUGCAGUAGUUAUAACUACAGGAACUUUCUUGAAAGGCCAAAUAAAUAUCGGAUUGGAGAAGAGACCUGCAGGUAGAUUAAAUGAUGAGCCCAGUAUUGGUUUGGCAAACACACUGGAUAGGCUUGGAUUUCGGAUAGGAAGAUUGAAAACUGGGACACCACCAAGAUUAGAGAAAGAUAGCAUUGAUUUCACCAAGUGUACGAAAUUUCUGCCGGAUGAUUUUCCGGUACCGUUCUCAUUUAUGAAUGAUAAUGUGUGGCUACCGCCCAAGGAACAAGUACUAACAUAUCUGACAUAUACAAAUGAGGGUGUCGCAAAGAUUAUAAAGGACAAUAUGCAUUGUAACUUACAUGUCACGGAGGAGAUAUCAGGUCCACGAUAUUGCCCGAGCAUAGAGAGUAAAGUUCUGCGAUUCCAAACGUCUAAGCAUCAAAUUUGGCUGGAACCAGAAGGUCUGGAUUCUCCAUUAAUUUAUCCAAGUGGAUUGUCAUGCACUUUGCCAGAAGAGAAACAAGUAGAACUCGUUAAUUGCAUUCCAGGAUUGGAAAACGCUCGUUUAGCAAAACCUGGUUAUGGUGUUGAAUAUGAUUACAUAGAUCCUAGAGAAUUGUCCUCUCAAUUGGAGACUAAAAAAAUUUCGGGACUGUUCUUUGCUGGACAAAUAAAUGGCACCACCGGUUAUGAAGAAGCUGCCGCACAAGGUAUCAUCGCGGGUGUUAAUGCAGCUGCUAAGGUGUUUAAGAAACCAUCGCUUCUAAUAAGCCGAACCGAGGCUUAUAUUGGCGUUCUCAUCGACGAUCUCACGACAGAGGGUACUACGGAGCCAUACAGAAUGUUCACCAGCAGAUCGGAGUUUCGAUUAAGCCUACGUCCUGAUAAUGCCGACCAAAGGUUGACAGAGAAUGGUUACGCAGUGGGCUGCGUUUCCCGUGAGAGGCUUAACAAGACGAGAGAAACUCUUUGUAAAAUACAGGAAGCUAUACAAAUACUUAAGAGCGAAAUACGAUCGAGCAUCAAGUGGCGACAAUUAUUGAAGAUGAAAAAGACUAAAACUAUUGGAAAUAGAUCAGCUUUUGAGAUGCUUUCAGUGACGGGCGAGGAGAAAGUCACAUUUGAACAGUUAGUGAACUUGAUGCCGAAUUUGUUAGGCCACUUGGAUAGAGAUCCCACUCUGGCGAGAAGAAUAGAGAUAGAAGCAAAAUAUGCUCAUGUCAUUGCAGAUCAGCAGGAUCAAGUGGAAGAUGUCAGGAAGAACGAGCAAAUGAUUAUACCUGAUGAUAUUGAUUAUAAUAGUCCUAAAUUAAAUCUAUCCAUUGAAGAUCGAGAGAAACUUGCAAAAUAUCUUCCAAGCACGAUUGCUGCAGCGAAUAAAAUCUCAGGAGUGACACCUUCAGCCAUAAUAAGGCUACUUUAUUAUAUUAGAUACCACUCCAACAAAGUUGCUGCAAAAGUAUAGUAAUGUAUUUUAAUUAAUAAAAAAUAAACUAUAGUGACUCUUU